AUGGAGGAAAACAAGAAGCAAAUUCUACAGGGGCAGCGCCCCCAAAAGCUGAACUUGAAUGCUCCCCUUCUAUCAACUAGGCGCCCCUUUUCUUUGCAUGAAACCACCACCACCACCUCCUCCUCAAACUACACUACCAAUAUGGUUCCGUUUUCUUGGGAAAGAAUCGCCGGUGAGCCUAAAGACAAGGAAACAAGUGACGACAGUAUUGAGCCACCGCCACCUCCACCUCCAAAACUUCCACCAGGGCGGUGGCAGCCUCCUGUUGUGGAAGAGGUUAACGGUGCAACGGACCAUGCCUUUGAUGGAUGCUAUGAUGUUGAUGAAGAAGAAUAUGGCCAUAGUGACAUUUUCUCAUUGGCUGAAUCAAUAGUUAAUGACGUUGAAGUAAAUUGCGCAACGACAAAUGACAGAAGCUCAACUAUACUUGAUGGAUACUGUCAUUCACCGAAUUUCAUCAUACAGAGAUUUCUUCCGGAUGCACAGGCCUUAGCUGAAGCGUCUGUUGUAAAUAAGAAAGUUCCGUUUUCGACAUCUCCACACGCUAAUGGUUCUUUGUCUAGAGCUGUUAGCAUCAAUAGGAGAUCGUACCAUUCGCCAAAGGGAUGUGGAUUAGGUGGUUUGUUUCCAUGGAAAAUGAAGGCUAAACCGUGUAGUGUUAAGAGCCCUGUUUGUGAUACAAUCAUAGGAACCAAUCCAAAACAUAAUCGCUAG